CUGUUCUAAACGAUACCCAGUUCAGUUUCAUUCCCAGCUUCUGCGAUGCCACUUGUGCGCGAUCUUCGCUAAGCCGGAUUCCCCGUACUGCAAGCUGGAAGAACCGUGACCAGAAACAGUAACCGCCACUCGGAUUGGAUUAUUACCUGACGACCUGCAGUGGAUCCCGCACCAUGCCCACCAUCGAGCACAAGUUAAACAUCACCGAGGAGGAGGUUCCUGAGCACAUCCGGCGACUUGCCCAGGAGCACGGCGAAUGUCCCAGCUCCAAGGAUAAGGUCAUCGAAGAAUUCCGUAACUACAUAUUAGAACACAAUGAAUGCCAGCCACACCGAAAUGAUGCGAGGUACCUGGAGAAAUUUUUAAGAGCCCGAUACUGGAAAAUCGAGAACAGUUACAAAUUGCUCUGCAGCUACUACAAGUUUCGGGAGCAGAACAAAAGCUAUUAUGAGAAGGUCCGACCUCUGGAUCUGCGACACGUUGGACAAUCGGACAUCCUGACAGUAACUCCCUAUCGGGAUCAACAUGGCCACAGGAUACUCAUCUACCGUUUUGGACUGUGGCGACCCAAUCGAGUAACCGUAGACGAUAUAUUCCGUGCCACCAUUGUCCUGCAGGAACUGGGGAGCUUGGAACCCAUCUCACAGAUCGUCGGAGGAGUGGGAAUAUUCGAUCUGAAGGAUCUGGGCUUGGAACACAUACUGCACCUGAGUCCCAGCGUGGCUCAGAAGAUGAUUAUUCUAUUGACCUCAAUGCCCAUUAGAACAUCCGCCUUCCAUAUUGUAAACCAGAAUUGGGUCUUCAACGCGGCAUUCAAGAUAUUCAAGCCUUUUCUUAAUGCCGCCAUGCGAGAAAGGCUCUACAUCCAUGGCAGUGAUAUGACUUCCCUGCACAAACACAUCAACCCGGAACAUCUUCCCAAGCGAUAUGGCGGCUUGCACGAGGAUUACUCUUAUACGCUCUGGUUGGAUAUGCUGAAGGAGCAGUGUUCGGGUAAUAGUGUCCAAAAGGAUAUGGAGCAAUUGGGAUUCAUUUUUGACCAGGCCUAAAAUGAUAUGCUAUGCUCCACUUGGUACCAAUGGUCUCUCAGUUGACUUUUCAAAAUAUUAAAGGGAAACAAGAAUAUCUUAUUUGUAAUUUUGUACUACUUAGGUGUAAUUUAAUAAUUCAAAAUUGAAAUGAAGCAAAGGAGGUGAUAUUUU